AUGGCCUCACCGCUAGUGUCAACCGUGGGAUCCAUGGGACCGACGGUGUCCCGCGAGGUAUCGCCGGGGUACACCGAGGCGGAAAGUGACCUAGAACUGCGCGAGGAGCCCCGGACCAGCAGACGCGAGGAGCCCCGCACCAGCAAGCGCGAGGGGCCCCGCACCGGCAAGCGCGAGGAGCCUCACACCGGCAAGCGCGAGGAGCACCGGACCAGCAGACGCGAGGAGUCCCGCACCGGCAAGCGCGAGGAGCCCCGGACCAGCAGGCGCGAGGAGCCCCGGACCAGCAAGCACGAAGAGCCCCGUACCGGCAAGCGCGAGAAGCCCCACCCCAGCAAGCGCGUGGAGCGGCCUGAGGGAGGAAGGAGGGGCGCACGGAGACGCGGAAGGAGGAGCCCAGAAGAGGAGUCGUCGGCACGCACAACUGGGAGGUCGACGGCGCGGCGAGGGGAUCAGCGGCCGACAGACCCACAGGUCGAGGAGCCGCAGCCAACGCCGACCGAAACCGCGGUCAAAGAGCCGCAGACAACGCCGACCGAAACCGAGGUCAAAGAGCCGCAGGCAACGCAGGCCGACAUCGCGGAAAACAACGCGGCCGCUGAGGCACGACGCCUCGCGGAAUGGCACCGGCGGUUCGCGCUGGCCGCGGCGGCGGAGGAGCGGAGGCAACGGCGUGUAUGGGAGGACGCCUUGACGCUGGCAAAGAGGCUGAAGGCCACGCAGGAGGCUGAAAAGGCGGCGCAAGAAGCGGAGGCGGAGCGCCACAAACGGGACGUCGCGCACCAAUGGCGGUGUUGA